AUGGCAGACUCGCCUGGAAAUGGCCAUUCUCGUGAUAGAGUCCAUCAUACAGUCACCGCUUGUGUGCGUUGCAGACAGAGAAAAACACGGUGCGAUCCAGCCUUGCCUCGAUGUGAGCCAUGCGAACGCAGUAAUGCGCACUGCGAAUACUACGACUCCAGCAAAAACAGGACCAUUCCCCGAACAUACAUCACCUCACUGCAAGAGACGGUGCGACGUUUGAAUGAGGAAUUGAAGGUCCUUGAAAAGGAGGAAGACUACGAGCCGGAUAAUGAGGCCAUGGCCCGUGGUGCUGGCCUGGUCAAAUUCAAUGAGAACGAUGAAUCUCGAUUCUUAGGUCCUUCAAGUGGUAUAGCCAUCACCCGCUUUGUGAUGGAGUUUGCGAAACAAAACUCCACCCGAAGGACCAUCAAAGAUGUUGUGCCUCACCACGCGGCACAGGAAAUCAAACAGAAAUUCGAUGCAGAGAGCAGUAAGCCGACUUCAAAGGUCUAUCCUCUUAUCAGUUCGGUCGCUGCUCCAGACCUUCCCAACCGAGACCUGAUGGAUCGCCUUAUCGAAAUAUAUAUGGUCAAAGCCCAAUAUAUGCUUCCUCUACUCCAUGAGCCAUCCUUUCGCCAAGAUCUACAGGCUGUUUAUGAUGGCUCAAAAGACCCAACUCUGAAUUUUCAAGUCCGACUUGUUGUGGCCAUCAGUAUGCAAAAGCUCGAUACGCAGUACGCUGGCUUAGCCGAUAGCUAUUACCUGGCUGCACUACCAUUCCUCACAGGAUCAGUUCAAAAGAUGGAUUUGACAACUCUUCAGUGCUUCGCCUUGAUCGCGCAGUAUUCCCUGCUUACGCCUACUAGAACUGCCGCCUACUGGGUAGUCGGACUCGCGGCCAAAUUGUGUCAACAGCUAGGAUUAUGUGAGGAAGAAACUAUCGUCAGACCUCCAACUGGUGCACAGCCCAACGCGCUGGAGAUCGACAUGCGGCGGCGACUUUUCUGGAUCAUCACAUCCAUGGAGUAUGGGCUGUCUCACAGUCUUGGUAGACCCAGUGCCUUUGGGGUGACGGUUGACAAUAUCAAUGUCGGGUUUUUCGAACUUUGCGAUGAUCGAUUCAUUAGUCCUGAUGGACUGCUUCCAGGUCACCAUCCGAUCAUGAAGAAAUGUAUUGCAAUACAUUUUCUCAAGAUGAGGCUUCUGCAAGCCGAAAUAAGAAGAACACUAUAUCUGAAGAAGCGCGAAACGCCAACGCAUGAGAACGACCCGUGGUUUCACAGCAUGCUCCAGAAGAUCGAUGACUGGGUGCGAGAUUGCCCCAAGAACGACGAAGGCAGUGGGCUCAGUGAAACCUGGUUCAUCGGCCGCAAGAAUACCAUGAUCAUAUUCAUGUAUCGCCCAUCACCACAAAUACCCACUCCGACACUAGAUGCAGCCCAUAAAUGUUACGGCGCAGCUAUCUUCAACAUUCAAAUGCAAAAACGUCAAGUCGAAGCUAGACUGAUAGACAUUACUUGGAUUUUCACGCAAGCCAUAUUCAUGGCUCUCAAUACGGUGCUGUGGUGCAUUUCAUACCCGGGCAUAAGACAACAGCACCCGGUAGAUGAAGUGCUCCUGCACAUAGAAGAUGCGUUGAAAGCCAUCGAUAUGUGCGCAGAUCGCUGGCCCGGUGUCAGAUCCGCGCAGCAGCUUUAUGACAAUCUUGUGUUGGGAUGUCUAAAGGCAUACGAGAUUGACAAGACAGUCGAGUCACCAACAUCAGACUAUGUGUCAACCACAACCCAAGAUGUCAGUUCUUCCGCCUCGCAGUUUGCAAACAGUCCGGCGAGCACAGCUAACACCUCGAUAUAUGGCCCACAGUCACCACAGUCGAUUCACAGUUCACAUGCUCCGAAUCAUGCUUUCAUCAAUGCAGCUACUGGAUACAUCGACCAUACCAAGCAACUCUAUUCGACUGAUGUCGCACCACAUGUUUCCCAAUCGCAGGCAAUGGGUGGGCAAUACAUGGCUACACCAGUCCCACAAAUCGACAUUCAUCCCCAAGCCUUACACUACAGUCUACCUGCUUUUGAUCCACACAGUCACGGUGGAUAUAUACCCACGACCUCCCAAGGUGGAAGCAGCUGGACAGCGGCCCCCAUGAUGCCUGGCGUUCUUCCCGGCAUCACCGGGUCACCGAAUAUGAAUUAUGACGACCUUCCAUAUCUUGCUCCUUUUGGGCACGAAUAUUCACGUUACAUGCAACAGUCUUAUCCAUCGCAGUACCGAAUGCAUACCCUGAGUGAACAGCAGCAGAUGGAGCUAAUGGCCUCGCUUGAGCGAAGCCAACUUCCUGAUGUUUCUGGUCUUGUGAGCGACGCAACUACCUUUUAUACGGCCCAACUUCCAUGA